UGAAGGCAUCCCAAGAAAGCCAAAAUUAAAAGAAUUUAAUUCUCUUGUGCUUCUUUUUCAACUUCAUCUUGACGUCUAGACACCUACAUUUGCAGGAUAUAGAAUGGAUAAAAUCUAUUACCAAAUUACCAAUUAUUGUAAAAGGGCUGCUCAAUGCAGAAGAUGCUCGAAAGGCAGUGGACGCAGGAGUAUCUGGAAUAAUUGUAUAUAAUCAUGGUGCACGCCAACUUUAAUUAUUCUCCAGCUACAAUCUCUGUUCUUGAAGAGGUGGUCGAAGCUGUUUCUGGUGCUAUUCCUGUUCUAAUUGAUGGAGGUUUUCGUCGUGGAAAUGAUAUUUUCAAGGCCUUGGCGCUUGGUGCGAAGGCUGUAAUGAUUGGAAGACCAGUGGUCUUUGGUCUAGCUGCAAAGGGAGAGCAAGGAGUAAGUAAAGUCAUUGAAAUGCUUAAGUGUGAGCUAGAGCUUACCAUGGCCCUCAUUGGUUGUCCUACUCUGAAGGAUAUCAACAGGAGCCAUGUCCAAACUCCCCGUGAUCAACUGCGCUCCUUAAUGUAAUGAAGAAACAUAAGUAAAUUUCGACAUACCAGUAAUCAAUACUUAUAUGGGUGUCUGAUAUUGAUAUAUGUUCUUCAAGAGAUGUGUUCUUGGAGUUUUGAAGCUCAACUCUAUUUGAUUCAAUUAACAUGACCGAAGGCUGCAUCACUUUUUA